CAUCCAUUCAUGUUAUAUUCAAUAUGCAUUCUUCAAUUAUUCUUUUACCACUUCAAGAUCAAAACUGUUUCCUUUUUUCAUCUACCACUGGAAAAAAAAUCAUGUUAAGAAUAACAGCAUGAUGAUCAUGUCCACUUAUCAUUAGUUCAUGAUUUUCUGUUCUGUUUUGUUUGUGUCUAUGUAAUGUUAAAAAUUUAACAGGUUUUUUUGUGUGUGUGUGUGUUUUUAAGUGGGUGUGGUUUGGUGUGGAGAACGAUGAGUGAAGGAAGUAAAGCGGCCAUGAAUGUCUUUUCAAUCCCAACACCCUCGUCUCGUUUGUCUCCUUUGGCUCGUCCGUUCACCAUCACCAGCCCUUUCAAUCGCCAUGAAUCUUUUGACCCUUUGCUUGACUCUACUUCCGGUCUUGAUCAACCCUUUCCUUACCUGAAUUUGGGUGGUCAACGUCAACAAGGCUACUGUGCUUACGACUCUGACUCUACUGCAAUUACUGCUACCCCUUUUGUCAAUGACCUUGACUUUGAGCCUAAUUCUUGUUUUACAAACAACCCUUUCGUGGAUCCUCUAGUUCAAACCAGUUUCACUCCUAGUUCUUCAAGCUUGAACAAUGUGGACCCAGAGAGUGGAGUGCUGGGAACUGCUACAAAUCAUCACGGGUUACAAGGGAACCUGCUUCAGCAAGGUUUGAUCUUUUCUUCAAGACCUCAACAUACUCAGAGUAAACUGUCGUCUUCAGCGCCAUUGCUGAGUAUGAGUCAUUGUGAUUCAACUAUUAUUAACAAUGAGAGAUGCUUUCCCAAUCUUGCCUCUUGUGCUGCUGAAACUCUGGUUUCAUGUGCACCAAAGCAUUUUGCUUAUUCAGCUCAAACUUUCAAACCAUCAAGUGCUAGUUACAAUCCACCAAUUGUUAAUCCUGUUCCGUUAGAGAAUGUGGCUUAUGGUGGCACUGAUGCACUCAGCAAAACGGAUUCAUAUUUUGGCUAUGUCAUGCCUGGCAUGAUUGGUAGUGAUAUAGUGCAGAGUCCUGUAGACAAGGUUGCUUGCCAAGACCUUUUAUUGAGAACUAUUGUUGAACCUGCCUGCAAUGAGACUAAAAGCCCUUCUAUUAUGGAAAAAUCCAAGCUUCAAAUUGCUUGUCCCAAUGUUCAUGAAGACUUGGCUUUAGAACAACAUGAUGCUAAAGCAGGCAUAGCUGAUGAUAAAUGUUCCACCAACAGUGAUGAUUUGGAUGUAGAUUCACCUUGCUGGCCAGGAACACAGGCAUAUAAGUCUCCGUUUAGCUGUUCAGUGCCUGUGAAUUCAGAAGAUUCUAAGGGUCAAUCUCCUUUCAGAGUUUCAGUGUCUCCGAAAUUAGAACAUUCUAAGAACAAAAAAGUGGCACGUAAUAGUUUAAAUCCUCUGGCACCUGUGUUUAUUCCUGGAAAUUCUAAACAAAAAGCCGAUUAUCAUCAGAAGGAUUGUCAUGGAGAUAAUUCUCUCGCUUCUCAGAAUAUUGGAGCUUUAGCUGCUAUUUCUUCAUCAAGAGAAAAUGAAUUAUUGGGUUCUGCUAGAGCAGGCACAUGUCCUUCAGAAAGGAUCAAUGAUAUAGGAUUCCAUUUUUCUAUUGAUGCCCAUGACUCAAGACUCGAGUAUGGCAGUCCUUGCAGUUUUCAACCUCCUGGGAAAGAGAGUGUUAUCUCUGAAAGUCAGCUUGAAAAUGUUGCUGGCUGCAUGGAGGGUAUUGCUAAUGCAACAUAUAAUGCGCUAGACAGUGUUGCGGACAUGGCACAGGCUGGGCCAAGUUCUAGCAUCUCAUUCCCUACGACAGAAAUUUCCCUGACUUCACAUUCAAUUGGAGAUGGUGUUUUUUCUGAUUUAACUCAAAGAUUUCAAGAGCCAUCCAAGUCUACACCUCCCAAACUUGAUGUUAAUUUAAUGAUUAACACAAUCCAAUUUUUGUCGGAGUUGCUUCUACAGAAUUAUUCAUUUGCUUUAGGUUCAAUGAGUGAGUAUGAGCAUGAUAAGAUCCUUAAUAUAAUUAAUAACCUUUAUGGUGUUAUCAGACAUUGGGCUGGUGAAAGAGGUGUAAGGCCCGAAUCAAGUCACUUGAGCACUUUAUAUGGUAAAAGACAAGCAGCUGAUCACCGUGAGUACAAGAUCCAGGUUAAUAAGAAGGAGCAUGAAAUUCCACCAGAAGCCUUAUUUUAUAGGCAACUGUGGCUUGAGGCUAAAGAAGCUUCUAACUUAAUGAAGUAUCGAGCGCAUGGCUCACACACGAAACCAGAACCAGAGAAAUGCUGAUCAAAAUAAGGGCGGAAUAGAAGGUUAUUUAGUGCUUGAGCCCGAAUAUAAAAUGUGGGGUUGAUGAAUCAACGUGCUGUUGGAAGCGUUGUAUAUUGUGCAUAGGUGUUAAAGUAUAGAAAGUGAAUACAUUUCAGAAUGUGGUGAAGCCUUCGGAUGGAAGCUCCUGUACUGGACUUGCAAGAUUCAAGACCUGCAAGCUACCUGACCAGGUUGAAUGAUUGUUUUAAAGUCAUUUAUACACCAAAUCUCUGAGCUCCUGGGAUCAAUAUGGGGCAGAAAAGUUGGUUUACAAAGCAUAACGAAAGAACCCCCAAGGCUCACCAUUCUAGAGGAUAUACACUCUUCAGCUUGUAGCUAAAUCCUGGCAGAAUUGUAACAUACUUCAGUUCAUGGUUGGUGUACUAAUAUUAAACUGGCUGUGUCCGCCACUAGGCCCAUUGUAUCCGAGUAAGCGUUUUGGGCUGCUUACCUGAUGGGUUUUAUACCAUCAAAUGCGUUGUUGUACUGUAUGUGCCUUGGUUUUGUUAUUUUCGUAACUGUCCACGUAUGUAAACAUUUAAGGAUUAAGCUAAAUUCCUAGUUUUGCCCACAAA